GGGCCGUGCUGGGGGGUGCGGAGGGUUCGACGCGACCCCGGAGCUUCACCGAGCCGGGCCGUGCGGGGCGAGCCGGGUCCCGCCGGGGUGACUGCGGAAAUGGGAAUGCUGCGGACGCGGCCCUAGGAGGAGGGAGGCCGGGAAGAACGGGCUUCGGUGGUGCCGGUCCUGCAUCGUGUCGAGCUGCUUCCUGCGCUGCCGGACCCUGCGCCUCGGCUUCUCCUGUGUCGGGAACAGCAUUCCAACAGGAUGGAGUGGUAGAGCUGGCCCCACAGCGUGGCUUGAUGAAGGGCUGGGUGUUUAGGAAAAAUAACUUUCACAUGAUAACUAAAAAUAAAUCCCAAACUACUGAUGUAGCCUAUGAUAUAUUCCAAGAGGUGUGGACAGAGUGACGGUGUCUCAGCCUCAGGUGUGCCGCGGUGUGCCCAGCAGCCAGCUCUAAGUGUGCUUUCCAUCAGCGCAAUUUCUGCACGGAACGCGGUUCUGGCCCUCCGCUUCCACCUCCGCCUAACGAGGAAGCGACAGGGAAAAGUAUCGGGAGCUGUGUGGCGAGCUGUCCCGGGGAGCUGGCUCCGCAGGGCCCGUGCAGCUCGGGCAAUGCCAUCGCCGGUGAUUCCUCUGCUACUGGUGUUCCAAAAGUCUUGAGGCCCGAAGAGCCCCGGCGGUGAUAGUUCUUGACAUAUUUACAAAAUAUCCCAGACGUGUUGCUCUGAAUUUCUUUAAUUAGCUCAACAGAACUGAAUUCCUUGCACUGAUGCAGGUACUCGGUGCUCUGCUUCAGCAUUGGUCUGGCCUAAGCGAACUGUGGUUUCUAGCAGGAAAUAUCAGGCAGAGGCUGCUCGAGCAUGACACAACUCCCGAGUUUGAGAUGAGUAUCUGUCACCUAGGGAAUGCAAAAGCUAUUUUUAUUUGACAUUUUCUCAUAAAGUUCUGUAUUAGAACAUCCACAUUUUAUGGCGUAAUGUGUGUGGGUGUAGGUAGUUCAUUUGAAUGGCUAAUAAAAUGUUGUUGUGCCUUAUCAGAUCUCUGACUCAGUCCCUUAGGGACAUUUAACAGAAUUUUGUCAUUUUCAGUUUGGUUAUCUUUUGUUGAUGGAGGUGUAAAGUCACCAAAGAUGGAACAAGGAGCAAUCCUCCAGCUCUCCUUCUGCUGCAGGAAUUGAGGGCUCUUAUUUUUCCUGCAUGCACCAGUACAGCUUUCUGACACUUUUCAUGUUAGAAAAAUAACUUAUUUUUCUGACUUUCUGUUUGUUCUUGUAGUGCUGUACUGUCAGUGCCUUUCUGUACCAGUCUAUUUUAAGACUAAAAUAAAGUCCAUUUAGGGCCCCAAGUGCAACUCUUAAGUACAAGUUGGCACCCCUAAGCCUUCUUAAGUUAGAUGCCAAUUGUUGAAUUUUUAAACAUACCUUUAAGGCUUUAAGGCCAUUAUGUCAGGACAGUUAGUUAUUCUGAAUAUAGAAAUAAUUAGGGACAGAAUUUCUCUGUUGGAUCAAGUCCAUGGUUUCUGUAGCCUCCUGUGAAGGAGCUAUUUCAGAAGGAAAUAGCUGAAGUACCUGAAGUGCUGUGUGGACAGUCUGGCCUUGCAUAGCAGGCCAGCUCCAAUCCCAGGAAUCUAGGGUUAUCAAACUUUGUUUUGUAAAAACAGUUCUGAGAAAAGUAUCCAUAAGUGGAAAUCAUGCUAACAAACUGCCUGAAGCAGUAGUGUAGGUGCAGACGUCAGGCUGUGAACUGGUGGGGUUUCUAAAAAUCUGUUUCUUUCACAAUCAUCCUUUUUUUAGUAGAAUUUAAUUUCACUUUGCUUUUUCUUUUUUUUUUUUUUUUUCUACAGGAAGGAGCAGAAGCUAGUGAUGUCCUCUUUAGUUUAUUUGGUAUGCUUAGAAUUACAGAAAAUUUUGUGGUGGAGUGAACUCCUGGAGGUCAUGUAGUCUAGCCCUCUUCUCCAAGCAGGGCAAGCUUAAGUGUUAGGUGAGGUUGCUUUCCUGGUGGCUUUCUGGAAUGAGCUGAAAUUUCCACCAUCUCUGUGGGCACUACUUGGAAUGUCACUUGUAGCAGCAUCCCUGGGAUACUGUGAUCAAAGCUGCUAUGAGGAAGUACCCCAACCCCAUGAAUCCCUGUGUGGUAGGAGUAGAUGUCCUCGACAGGAGCCUGGAUAACCAGGGGAGGCUGCAUAGUCACCGUCUUCUCAGCACAGAGUGGGGAUUGCCCAGUAUUGUCAAAGCGAUAUUAGGAACAAGUAGAACUUUGACUUACAUAGAGGAGCAUUCUGUUGUAGAUCCAGUGGAAAAGAAGAUGGAGCUUUGCUCAACUAAUAUUACACUCACAAACUUGGUGUCUGUUGACGAGAGACUGGUUUACACACCUCAUCCAGAAAACCCGGAAAAGACUGUGCUAACCCAAGAAGCAAUUAUUACUGUUAAAGGCAUUAGCUUGAGCAGUUAUCUGGAAAGCUUGAUGGCAAAUACAAUAUCUUCUAAUGCCAGAAAGGGCCGGGAUGCCCUGGAGUGGGUGAUCAGCAAACUAAACACAGAACUGGAGGAGCUGAAGUCCACGCGUGAGGGGAUCAAACCAGCCAUGGCAGCAGCGUCCACGGAUAAAUAAAGCCAAAUAUUGGGUUCACCAAAUAAAACCAAGUAACUGACAGAAAAGUCUUACUCUGCAGACUGCUCUGUAGAGCUCCCUCCCAAGGCUGAUCUGCAGAGAUUUUGUCCAUUUAUAAGAAUACUGAAUCAGUGGAAAAGUAACCUCAUCCAUCAUCUCCACAGCAGCUCUUGUCUACAGAAGUUUAAACUGACCUCCUGCAGAUGCUCUUUUCAUUUGAACAAUUUAUGUUUAACACUGGAAACAAAAUGUUUAGCACAAAUUCAAAGCAGCCUAAAUGUACCUUUUCAAACAAAGGUAGAGGCCAUGUUAUAUUUACACCAUCUCAAACUGAAAAGCUUGAAAAAAAAGCAUGUGUGGGUGGGGUUAAGGGUUUUCUGUGUGAACUUUUGUUCUGUAAAGGGCUGAUAGGUCCUAGAGCACUGAAUUUUGUCUGGUUUGUAAUCUGAUAAUGUCUUAUGGCCAGUUAAAGGGAACUACAUGAGUCAGAAUGUGAUACUAUAGAAUCUGAUAUUUAUCUAGAGGAUCAUCUUGAAAGGCUACAUCUUCUAACUAACUCUUCUUAGGUGCUGCCUGAACAUGACACACAGAUACUUUACCUCUUAGAUGUUUGUAUCCAAACAAAGAUAAAGUUUCUAUUGAUGUUAAUAGCCUAAAAUAGUUUUUCUGGUGGAAGAAGGGUAUAAUUUAUUUUCUUAUUUAUUAAUUUUUCCUCUUUCCUCCCUUCCCUGUGGGGACAGGGAUUACUUGAAGGUGCUGAAAAAUACUUACUUAUCUCUAAGAAGGGUAUUUGUAGGCUGCUGGAAUUAAGAAACUGUGCUGUUCCACUGGUCCUUGCUCUUCACAUCACAUCUUAACUGAGGGAGAAAUUGAUGCAAUAACCAGAAGAGUUGAAAUGAGAAAUGAGCAGAAAAUUUUAAAUCCAAAUGAUAAGGUUUCAUAAAGAGAAACUUUUAAUUUCCUGAGUGGAGAAAAGAAGAGUACAAGAACCACAAAUGGACUCUCGUUUCUAAAUACUUUCUGUUAACUACUGACUACCAGUGUAACUGAACCUUUUCAACUCUUUUCCACAUGGGUACAAAAUGGUUUUAAAAUCCUCUGAAAUGCUUCUCAUUAUCUGGAAAAAUACUCCAACAGCUGCAGAAACUUUCCUAUUAAAUAUGCAUAAAUAUAUAUUGGCAAUGACUCUAGCCUUGUCUGAUGUUUACAGAAUUGUCAUGUUUGGUCCAGAUGUAGUAUAUAUUUCUCUGACAGGACCCUCUGUUAGGGCAUUUUAACUUAUUUCUUGGUGUGCACACAAAGUGAAACAAAUGUUGCAAGGAUGUUUACUUGUUCAAGUGGCAAGCAUGUGCUCAGGAAGCUGUUAAAGAGCAUGAGUAAUUUCUGAAAAAAUUGAAGAGUAAAAUGUUGGUCACUGUUUUGAUCUGAUAAUUUUAAAGUGUUUGUAGCUUAAGAGAGUUUUCAGCAUUUAUAUUCUGGUUGGUUUGAAAGUAAACUUUAAUUUGGGUGUAACUAAAUUACAUGAUCUUAAUGAAUAAACCUACUUUAAAAAAUA